GCCUUGGCGGUCGCUCAGCAGUGACGUGACACGCAGCAGGCGACGAGGCCGUACCUGCCCUAGCUUCUUCCUCUUUCUCGACUCCAUUUUCGCGGUAGCGGUAGCGGUAGCGGUAUCCGCGGUUCAGUCGCCAACAUGCAACUCUUUGUCCGCGCCCAGGAGCUACACACUCUCGAGGUGACCGUCCAGGAGACGGUCGCCCAGAUCAAGGCUCAUGUAGCCUCCUUGGAGGGCAUCGCUCCAGAAGAUCAAGUCCUGCUCAUGGCAGGCACGCCCCUAGAGGAUGACGCUACCCUGGGCCAGUGUGGGGUGGAGGCUCUGAGCACUCUGGAAGUAGCCGGCCGCAUGCUUGGAGGUAAAGUCCAUGGUUCCCUGGCCCGAGCCGGGAAAGUAAGAGGUCAGACACCGAAGGUGGCCAAACAAGAGAAAAAGAAGAAGAAGACGGGCCGGGCCAAGAGGCGUAUGCAGUACAACCGGCGCUUUGUCAAUGUUGUGCCUACCUUUGGCAAGAAGAAGGGCCCCAAUGCCAACUCUUAAGUCUGUUGUCAUCUUGGCUUUCUCUAAUAAAGUCACUUAGCCCAAUCA